UAUAUAAAAAGCUCGCUAAUGACUGAUAAAAGCGGGCGCGUCUGAUUAUAAGUGCUAUACACUUGGGUAUAAAAAUCCACUCCUUCCCAGAACUCAGCACAGUUAACCCCAAGCAAGCAAAAGCAAAGCAAACAAUCAACAAAAUGUGCAAACUAAUCACAACUUUCUUACUGCUGCUAACACUUGCACUGGCUCAGGCAGUGCCGCUUACUUUCUACGAUGACAUAGACGAUACGGAGGUCAUAGAGCUGCCCGAGAAUGGCAUCGAGCAGCCGGACGCUUCCAGCAAGGACAUUAUAGAUCUGAGCGCCUUUGGCAAUGCUUUGUACGGCAAGCCAGAUGAAGAGCUUACUGCUGCCUUGGUGAGCAACUAUAGCAUGGACUCCAAUGGCGUGAAUCCUGAAGAGCUGGGCAGCUAUCUAGAGGGAGAUAUUUUAGUGCCCACAACAGACCUUACCAUGAAGAAUGGACUCACCACGCAGUCAUCGCGCUGGCCCAAGGGCGUGGUGCCCUAUGAAAUACGCGGCAACUUCAAUGCGCGUGACAGGGCCACCAUCCAAGGCGCCAUCGAUCAGUACCACCAGCGCACCUGCAUUCGAUUCGUGCCCUACAGCGGUGAGCGUGACUACGUCUCCAUUGUUAGCGGCAACUCGGGCUGUUGGUCGUCGGUGGGACGUGUGGGCGGCAAGCAGGAGGUCAAUCUGCAGUCACCUGGCUGCCUUGGUCGUCCCGGCACUGCCAUUCAUGAGCUGAUGCAUGCGCUGGGCUUUCUGCAUGAGCAGAAUCGUCAGGAGCGCGAUAGCUUCGUGGCCAUAAACUACAACAACAUUCAAUCUUCUGCCAGGAGUAAUUUCGAAAAGGCCGCCGCUACGGAAGCUUUUGGCGUGCCCUACGAUUACGGCAGUGUCAUGCACUACUCCGCCAAUGCUUUCUCCACCAAUGGACAGCCUACAAUUGUAGCUACACGCGCUGGCGGCGCCACACAAAUGGGUCAACGUGAUGGCUUCUCCAAUGCUGAUGUUGAGAAACUAAACCGUAUGUACGAUUGUGGCUAUAUGGGCAAUCCUGCAUUGCCUGCGCCUGCACCUGCACCUGGUGUGCCAGCUCCUGCUCCAGGUGUUGCUGCUCCAGCUCCCGUCGCUCCCGGUGGCAAUCCGAUCAUUGGCAGUUUCAUUAGCGGUUUGAUCAGCGGCUUGGGCUUGGGCGAAGAACAACAUGCAAACAAAGAGGCAUAAAAUAACAAAAGAGAGAGACUACGAUCACAACAGCGAUAAAUUAUUUAACACACAUUCCAUUGACUAGGCUUAAGUCUCAUCAAUCUUUACCUGAUAAAGUAUGUAAGAAAUAAAUCUAA